AUGCAAUAUGCUCCAUCUAUCGCAGACAGCCAGUACACUGAUGUCUCUCUCCCUCCAUCACCGCCUCUUCGCAUGUGCAAAUCAACCUUAUUCGAAGUACUCCACCGUAUCGGGCAUGUCUUCUCCCACGUACAGUACGCUGUCUGCGGCACCGCUGCCAUGGUGGCCUUUGGCUUUGACAGACGCAAGCCGACGCACAUUAGCAUUGUCUGCCCGUCCCACACUAGAUACGUACUGGCUUCGUGGGCCGUGGCCGGCGGCAUGGCUCUGUACCCAUCCAAACCCAACGAGAUUGGCGUCCCCGUCGACGGAGACACGUGGAUGAUCCAGGUGAAGUACCUCGAGACGGACGACAAUCACAGAUUCGAACGGCUAGACGCUUUUCACUUCAACUUUGGGUGUAAUGAUGUUACCACGGCGGUCUUGACCCCGGCAGCUCAACUCGAACAGAUUGCCCAGGUGUACAUCAACCCGCGGUACAACCAGAGCUGGCGGUACAAGGAGAGGUUAGGAGGCGAUGCCAUCUGGCUGUUGGAGCAGAUGUGUAAGGAGGACGUGCACAAGGUUGGUAUGAAUUUGAGGAAUGCGAAUGUCCCGACGAUCAGGGACCAGAGGUUUUGGCUUGUCUUCACGACGGCGCAUCCGGAGGCAGUGGGGUUAUUUUACGAUGCUGGAUUAAGAGAUGAAGAGGAAGAGGUGAGUAUCAGCGAACGGGGAAAUCGACAGGAGUGUGGGCAGCAGCAUGAGCAAGACCAUGCACAUACGCAAGAGUAUGAACAAGACCAUGCGCACACGCAGGAGUACGCGCACGAGUAUGAGCAGGAGUAUGAGCGGGAGAUUGAGCAAGAGUAUGAUCAGGAUCAGGGCCCUGAGCAGGAGCAGAGAGGAGAGCGGGCGUUCGAGACGCAGAUCAUCUCGGGUCCGUUCCCGCUCCCGCACUCGCACCGACCAGGGGCCUCGCCGCCGGCGACGGCCAUCUGA